UUCUUGGUCUUCGUAACACCUUCUCAAUUGAAUCAGCACGUGAUGAAGAACAAACGUACAAUUGUUACAGCCUCAUUCCGACGUUGAGUUUCAUUCUGUAUAAGCUUUCAAUUCUGGUCCUCCAAAGCACACCUGAGCAAUCGCUCCUUGGGACUAUCUUCCGAAGCCUCUGCGGAGAGUUCUCCGAUACCACAUAGUCUAGUACAGCGCUGCUCAACACGAUCUGGUAUCCCAUGUCUGCCAAGAUGACUGACGAUCCCGACUGCUCUGAUCCCGAAAGCGACAUGUCCAGAGCCGUCGAAUAUGAGGAUUGGAAAACAUGGGCUGAGGAAUACAUGGCGGCAGAUGGCAAUCUGCUCAAUGAAUUUUCAGACCUCAUCAGUGUACUUGACUCGGAUAUCCUGGACACAGAUUUUGUUGAACAACGCAUACGAGAGUUAACACUACAGACACCUGUUGUGAAGGGGUUUUGCACCGCAUGUCACCAAUUAUUCGACAAUUAUCCUACUCUAGAAGGAUCACCGAUAAUAAACCCCGACUCGCUCCAGGAUAGCAAAUGGCCGCACGCUGUCACACGAUACUGCAGCACUUUUGAACUAGAGGCAUCAGCACGGGCUAAAUGCGGAUUUUGCUGUUUCUUAUUACAAACUUUGAAGGACUCUAGCCUGCUGGAGAUAUUCCGCAAGAUCGAAACGCGUUUAUUCCAUGUCAAUGUUGAUGCACUGGCCUCGUUGUCCAUUGAACGCCGGGGAUCGGCUCCAGAUCAGUUCUUGUGGUUAAAUCGCCCCGGACCAACUUGCACGCAAUGGAAUUUGGGGAUUGCUGGGUGUACUAGCUUUGGGUCGUCAAUACUUUUGCCUUCAUCCAACUGUUAUGAUGAACGUCCGGAUGUGCUUGACAUCGCAUUUGAUUGGUUAUCUACUUGCUCUGAGAGUCAUGAGCUUUGCAGAGGCUCCGGUGGGGGGGUACUACCAACUAGGCUAAUUGCUGUUGGCGACAAGUCUCUGCGACUGGUCCUGAGUUCAGAAUGUCAUAAAAGACCUCGAUACGCCGCACUAUCACACUGCUGGGGUGAUUACAAGGGUCCAAAGCUUACUUUAGCGACUUUAAUAUCUUACUUCAUGAUGUUGCCGACUAAGAAACUCCCGGCUACCUUCACAGAUGCCAUCAAAAUCACUCGAAAACUAGGUAUAGACUACCUAUGGAUUGACACUUUAUGUAUCAUUCAAGAUAGUGAGGAAGAUUGGCAGAAAGAGUCGGCUUUGAUGAGCUCUGUAUAUGGCGGCUCAGCUGUCACUAUAGCGGCGUCGUCUGCAUAUGAUGCAACUGAGGGUUGCUUCCUCAAAUCUCCUUUAUUCGGUGGCGCGUUCCGUGCACAAGUCACAGAUAGUGGCCGGCGCCAGGUGCGAGGCUUUUAUCAUGUUUUCGAGUACCAUUAUUCGGUCAUUGAAUCUCAUCUUGCCACCAGAGCCUGGGCAAUUCAAGAGAAAUUGCUCUCGCCUCGCACAAUUCACUUCGGCGAUCGAGGUGCUUUCUGGGAAUGCAAAUCGCUGGCCGCUUCUGAAUAUUCACCGAAAGUGUCUAUUGCAAGAGGCAGCACCCUCAUUUGUGGUCGGAAGGGGUUAUCUUCAACUUGGCAAGACAUUGUAGAGCUAUAUUCUGCAGCAGAUAUCACCUAUGGGAAGGACAAGCUACCAGCCCUCGCUGGGGUAGCUAGACUUGUGCACAAAGAAACUGGCGACGAUUAUCUCGCGGGGUUGUGGAGAACCAAGAUUGAGGGGCAACUGUGCUGGAGGCGCGUCAGGCCAGGAAAAGGGAUGACGAAGCGUCCAUCUUGGAGAGCACCCACUUGGUCGUGGGCCUCUAUCGAUGGUGGAGUCUUUUGGGGCACAGACCUCGAAGCUCAAUAUUCGCACGUCUUGGAUGCCACUACAACACUGUACGGCACAGAUCCCUUUGGGCAAGUAACGGCUGGCCGGAUUCGUCUUGCUUGCACGGGUUUGGUACUCUGUCACGCCAGAGGAGCCAAAGAAGAUGACAGAGGAAUAAUGGAAAUGGUGAUAAUGUACGCCGCGAAAGAGAACGUGUUUUUCAUUGGGCUAGAUUGCUCGGAUGAAGUGCAACAAGGAGAUGGAAAUCCGUUCUAUCUUCUACCAUUUCUCGGUUGGGACUCCUACGGUACUCUCAGAAUCGACGAAACAGCUCAAGACGGAAGGGAACUUGAGGUUUGGGGCAUUGUAAUACGUCCCACAGGCACCAAAAGAGGCGAGUUCUCUCGAGUUGGUUUUUUCAUGUUUCGGAAUACCGGUGUGGCCUGGCAUCACGGUACUGAAGACAUAUACACGCCCUUUACACAUGUCCUAGCAGAACAUGGUGCCACAACAGCUGAGGCAGUCUGUCAAGAGGUUAUACAGUAUAACGAGCAUGAGAAGGCGCAAUAUGUGAUAACUCUUGUCUAAAUCGCUAUACAGCAAAAGGAUGGGCCAAAGCUACAGCAAGAAAUGGCACGUAAGAGCGGAGCGCCAUUUUGGAGUUUUAGUUUUUCGUACUUGAAUCUUUCUUCAGGUGCUGCGAAUUUCAAAAGGAUUUCAGAGUCGGGAUUGACUAGGAGAGAACACUUAUAAUGGCGAUUAGUGAUGAGAGAUAAACGAUUAAUAGUUUACUUGGCUGUACUACACUUCUUAUUGUUUAGUAGUCUGUUCAGGGAGAAUGAGUCAAAAGAGGGUGAUAUAUUAACAUCAACCAUUUAAAUUUAUGAAGUCAUUUGCACGAAAACUCGCGUAGAGAGAG